UUACAAACUUAGAUUGUUGUGCCUAAAGCUGAUUGUCGGAUUGUAGGAAUGAUGGGGGCUACAUAGUUUUCAGGAUUCCUUUCCAUAAUAUUGUUUUUUAAGUAGCUGGGUGCCAUUGUUUGCGCAAAUGUUUCUCCGUGAAGUAUUCCAAGUACGCCUACCUGGUAUUGUCUUUCACAAUAACUCACGACAGUUACGACAUCAUCAGACCUAAUCAAAUAUUCAAUUAUAAUUAUCUACGAACAAAGUUGCGUGCUUCAUUCUAAUUCGAGAAGUCACCGAGUCGUUUCAGCUGAUCUCUGAUAAAGAGGCUGCGUCCGUGGGAAAUCCACUUCUAUUCAUUAAAAUAUUUAAAAGUACCAUACAGUGACUCAUCAUCAGUGUAAUUCGGAACGGGGCAAAACAAAACCUGUCGACCGUCAACAUCAUAGUUAUACCUACUCGUACACGGAUUAGAAAUAUAAAAACUGCGCCUGAUUCGUCUCGGCCGUCACAAUUGGUGGACAAUAGGGCGUCGCGGCGGCGGCGGUGGCGGCGGCGCGCGGGCGGCACUCCGCGACCUGCCGCCGCGCGAUGCCCGCGCCCCGUCGGCUGCUGAGCGCGCGCUGGUGGCGCGGCCGCCGCUCGCCCUCGCCCGACGAGCCGGCACCGGUCCGCGCCCGCACUGUGCCCCGCCCGCGCCGAGCCCGGGCCGCGCGCCUGCACUCCUCGCCCGCGCCGCCGCCGCCGCACGAUGACGACGACGUGGAGCUGGCGCUGUCCUCCAUGGGGCACCUGGAGUACGUGCUGGCCGGCCUCUCGCCGCCGGCCGAGAGCGCGCCCAACAUGUACGACAGCUUCGAGGAGCCGCCGCUCGACAUCACCGCGCACAUCUGCGCCGACUCGCUGCGGCAGAGCGCGCACGAGCAGAUGCGCGCCGCCGGCGGCCGCCUGCGCCUUCUGGAUGAGCUGGAGAGCGGCGCGCUGUCGCCGGACGCCUGCGCCGCCGCGCUGCAGGGCGCCACCGACCAGGAGAAGCAUGUGUGCCUGUUCUGGGCCGCCUUCCUGCAGCUGGCGCCGCUGCUGCCGCCGCUGCUGGCAGCCGGCGCCGACCCGCUGUACUAUGACACGCUGGGACUGUCCGCGCUGCACGUGGCAGCCUUCAGCGGCUCCGUGGAGUGCGCAAGCUUCCUGCUGGCGAACGGUGCAGACCCCAACUACAUGCCGCGCUGCUUCUCGCCGCUGCACUGCGCCGCGUUCGGCAACUCGGUGGCGGUGGCGCGGCUGCUGAUCGCGCGCGGCGCCAGCGUGCACGCCGCUGUGAAGUACGUGAACUGCGAGGGCGGGCUGCUGCACUGCGCCGUGCGCGCCGACUCCGCCGACUGCCUGCGCCUGUUCAUCGCGCACGGCGUGGACGUCAACCAGAUCGAGCCGGGCGGCACCAACGCGCUGCACCUGGCCGCCGACCUGGGCAUGCUGCAGUGUCUCACCAUCCUGCUGGACACGCCGGGCGCCGACCCCAACGUUCGCACGCGCGUGGGUGAUCGCGAGUCUACGGCGCUGCACCUAGCGGCUGACGGUGGCUUCGUGGAAUGUGUUGACUAUCUGCUGACGAAGGGAGCCGAUGCGAGCCUCAAAAACCACCGUGGAUUCACCGCGCUGCACCUCGCCGCGCGCUCCGCGAGCCUCGAGUGCGUCGAGUCGCUGCUAAGGAAGGGAAAAGCGGAUGCAAACGCGAUGGACUUCGAUAAGCGGACGGCCCUUCACGCGGCUGUUGGUAAGUCGGACAGCGCGUGUGACAUCAUAGAGACGCUGAUCAGCUGGGGCGCCAACGUGAACCAGAAGGACGAGUACGGGUUCACGCCGCUGCACCUGGCCGCGCUCGACGGGCUGUCUACCUGCGUCGAGACGCUCAUCUACCACGGCGCUGACGUCACCACAAGGUCGAAGAAAGGCAACUCUGCGCUCAACGUGAUAGCUCGCAAGACACCUGCCUCGCUCGCGAUGAUCACUCGGAAGCUGGACUGCGCUAUCACGCUGCACCACUCGCAGUCCAGCAACCGCGAGGUGGAGCUCGAGCUGGACUUCCGCAGCAUCCUGCAGCACUGCUACCCGCGCGAGAUCAGCUAUCUCAACACCUUCGUCGACGAGGGACAGAAGGAAGUAUUGUUGCAUCCAUUGUGCUCGGCUUUCCUUUACAUUAAGUGGGAGAAAAUUAGAAAGUACUAUGUGGCUAGGCUUUUCCUUUGUUUUAUAUUCGUGAUGGGUCUUACGUUGUAUGUGUUGACGGCGCUCGCACAUAAUUGUUACAACGGCAGUAAAGAUAUGGAGGAAACUAUUCAGGAGCAAGAGUUGUGCCAGAAACAAUCCAUUCUCGGGGAUCUGUUGCGAAAGAAUCCCUUUGUCAUAGAGAUGCAGUGGUGGGUGUUGGCCGGAAUUACGAUAUUUGAGAUAUUCAGAAAAGUGUAUGGUAUCGCCGGCUACUCGACCGUGAAGCAGUAUCUGAUGCAAUCGGAGAAUGUUAUCGAGUGGUUCGUGAUCGUAAGCGUAUUUCUGAUAUCGUACGUAUACACAAACAUCACGUACACUUGGCAGAAUCACAUCGGUGCAUUCGCGGUGCUCGCCGGAUGGACUAAUCUCAUGUUGAUGAUAGGGCAGCUGCCCGUGUUCGGGACCUACGUGGCCAUGUAUCAGAAGGUCCAGAAGGAAUUCGCAAAGCUACUCAUGGCAUAUUCGUGCAUUCUUAUCGGGUUCACGAUAAGUUUCUGCGUCAUAUUUCCAGACUCUUCUUCUUUCGCAAAUCCGUUCAUGGGCUUUAUUACCGUGUUGACAAUGAUGAUUGGGGAGCUAAAUUUAGAUUUGCUACUCAACGAGCCGGAUGGAAAUGACCCGCCCGUUUUGUUAGAGUUUUCAGCGCAGGUGACCUAUGUGCUGUUCCUAAUGUUUGUGACGGUUGUUCUAAUGAACCUCCUAGUUGGUAUUGCCGUCCACGAUAUCCAAGGCUUAAGGAAGACCGCCGGCCUCUCCAAGCUCGUGCGACAAACCAAGCUGAUAUCUUACAUGGAGCUAGCAUUAUUCAACGGUUAUCUGCCUAAAUGUUUGCUGAAGAUCCUGCAUUCCUCCGCCCUAGUGUCUCCACAGGCUUACCGAGUGGUCCUGAGCGUGAAGCCCCUGAACCCGAGCGAGAAGCGAUUACCGCGAGACAUAAUGAUGGCCGCGUACGACAUCGCUAAAAUGCGGAAGCAAUACGGCCACACAAUAUCAUCGAGCGGCUCGACCGCGGGCGCCUACUCUUGCUUCAGAAAGUACGAGAACAAUAACGAUUCUGGUUACCCAGAGUAUGGCUACUCCUCAGGGCUUGGUUCCCUACAUUCGCGACUGGAUGAUACCACGGAGAAUGUCCGUCAGAUGGCUCAGGAGAUCAGGGAGUUGAAGAAGGUGAUAAACGCGCAACAACUAGUCAUCCAACAGGCGCUCGCCGGCGCGAUGGACGCCCCUACUUGAUCACAUAAUAGCCGAGCCAUUCAGUUUCAAUGCCACGUACAAGUCAAUAAACUACACAUCUGUUGGGUUGUCACAUGCGUCCCUUUCGCGAUAAAGACAAACAAGGAAAAAUUCGUCCUGCCAGUGGAAUGUUUUCACCGAGUUGUUGUCUUUAUAUUUCUAUCAUUACAAAUACUUAAAUACCUAUCUACAGAUAAAUGUGGUAGGUAUACGAAUGAUGUAAUUAUGAAAUUUUAUCGAUGACAUUUACAUUGGCAAAUGAAUAAAAGGUAGGCUCCUUUCUAGCACCCCUCCAGCUGCACUGACGACCAUACACAGGUAGCCAAGUCAUAGUAGUGAAUUGGUAAGGAAGGUCGAUUGGAACAAAUACCUAUGUUCAGAAGUUGACUUAUGUGAUAAAGUACCUAGGUAUGUUACACAUUCCAUGAAGUGCUGAGAUACUUUAAAGUUACAGUUUCCAAGAAUAUACCUAGGUACUUAUACCUACCUAGGCAGAUGAAUUUGUUUAGUUAUGUAUACCCACAUAUAUUCUCCGGGAACAUAUUAUUAUGCGCUAAUUUAAAUAAGCUUGAUAGAGUAGACAGUCACAUAAAUUAUAUGUAAUAGUUACUUAGGUCUUAUUUUUUGUGUAAUUAAGUACCUAAUAUUUAUCGCCUCCAAAAUUCAUUUUUCUAACAACAUUAAUUUUCUACCUUAACUCAGAAAAAAUAUAAAACAAACCUUAAUACAUAAGAAGAGUGAUAUUUUCGUGUGUGUGUGUGUUGUAAAUACCUAAUUUAGAUUAUUCAUGUGUUAAUUAGUAGUAAAUAGCCAUGUAAGUAAGUAUAUAAUAUGAUAUUUUAUGUAAUAUUUAGGUAUGACGCCGGCCGUUUAAAAACUGUGAUGGUAGUUACACUUUUAUUUUUUUAUUGCAUUGUGAUAUAAUCAUAGGACAAUAAAGUUUAUUUUGAUUGUCUUUAAAA